GGAACCAAGUGCGCAUGAGCGCUCUUCAACGCCAGCUCCGUGGAGCUCAGGGGAUCAAGGCCGUGUGACCGGUACAGACUGGCGCUGGAGCCGAGUAUAGGCACAACUUCCUGGCUCUCUGGGGCCGAGGCCUGCACCCAGGAAGCCAACUGCGCUCCAGCCUCCUGUCCUUGGCCUGCCUGAACUGUCAGAAGCGGGGGUGGCCAGAACAUCCCUGUGAACCUUCGGAGCUCCAGGCUCCAGGAAGGAGCUAGGGCCGAUUGCACCUUAUUCAGAACACGUAGAGCAGGAAGAUGUCGGAGCCCAGGGCCAUGAGCCUGCUGGAAGACUGGUGCAAGGGUAUGGGACUGGAUAUCCAUAGGUCUCUGUUGGUCACUGGCAUCCCUGAGGACUGUGGUCAUGCAGAAAUCGAGGAGACCUUGAAUGGGAUCCUCUUGCCACUGGGCACAUACCGCGUGCUCAACAAAAUUUUUUUGCGGCAAGAGAACGUCAAGGCUGCGCUUGUUGAGGUUAGCGAGGGUGUGAAUCUGAGCUCUGUACCCCGCGAGUUCCCGGGGAGGGGCGGUGUCUGGAAAGUGGUCUGUAGAGACCCCACCCAGGACGCUGAGUUUUUAAAAAAUCUGAACGAAUUCCUGGAUGCUGAAGGGCGCACUUGGGAGGAUGUGGUGCGCCUCUUGAGGCUUAACCCAUCAUUCCCGAACCCAAACCAGCCUCCACCGAACUGGGCAGAAGCCGUGGGGCUGCUCCUGGGCGCGGUGGUACAGGUUAUCUUCUACAAGGACUCUGAAAUCCGCAGUAGGGAGGAGGAAGCUAGGGUUACUGAGGAGGCUGCUGAGGCUGAGUUGAUGGCGACUAGGGCUUCAACAGCGAGGAGGAGGGUAAAGAAGGAACCCGGGCUGGGCGUAGAGGUGGGAUCGGCUUGCAAGAUGGAGGACCAUGGUGACCCUCCAAAACCUCUAGUUCGCAGGGCUGGAGGUAAGAUUCGCUCCAGGAGAAGGAAGCAGAAAAAAAAUCCUAAGCAAGAACCACUAUUCUGGAGAAAACCCCAAAGUAACAAUUAUAACAAUAGGGUAGGUGCUGAAGCUGAGGCUGCCCAAAGCUCAGAGGUCCCAGAGUCGGAGAAGAGCAACAAAAAACCCAUUGUGAAGCAGGAGGAGACCGUUUGGAAGAAGAAAAGAGUCUGGAAGGAUCCCAGUGAUCUUCCUCAGAGUACGCUGCCCGCUGCAGAGAGCCCUGCGAAUCUGGAGGACUCAGAUCAAGAUGGUGGUCCCGAGAGCCCUCCAAAGAAGAGAACCGCUACCUGGGCCUCAAACAAGAUCCCUGCUCCCAUGAGGAAGAAGAAGAAGAUGAGCUUGGGCUCUCUCUCUUAUGUUCUGGUUGAUUCUGAAGCCACCAAGAACAAACAGCUGAUUCCCAAGAAAGGGUCUGGUUCUAGAAGGGCCAUGUCGGCUCAAAGGGCUCCUGAGGGGCCCCAGCCUGCUGAUGCAUCGCCUUCAACAUCCAGGGCUCGGAAGAUGAAGCCAGGAGGCUUCCCUCGGGACUCCAAAGAUUCCAGACAGCUAUGAUUUGGGGAACCGUGUACCGGAAGAGACGGAAGAGCAUCGAGGAAGGAGUAUCAAGUUGGGAGCAAGCUUUUUCUUUGUGGUUGAACAAAACAUGACUUUGGACUACUGGGGGCCUGUUAAAUGUGUGGGAGUCUGACCCACACAGGUAGCGGAUGUAAGGCCUUAGGAGGUGGGGUUGUUGGGGAGGGCACUCCCUUCGUGUCUUUUCCUCCGCUGGAGCUGCUUCUCUGCCUCUGCUCACCCUCAAAGGCAGGAGAGGCGAUAAGUAGCUUCAGAAAAUUCUAGAACAUUCUUUUCCCAUUACCUACGAGGGAGCUCAUGGCUAUGCGCACCCACAUUCAGCCUCUAUCCUCCUCUACCUUCUGCUUUUCCUCUGGAGGCCCAGCCCAGCUGCAGAGCUUGAGGUCCAGAAGGGCAGGGUGGACAUUUUGUCCCUGGCGCUGUGAGCAUCCUGUAAGUCAGGCCUCACUCUUCGAAGCCUGUUUCCUGCACGCUCUUGGUUGUCUCUCCUCCAGCAACCCAAAUGGAAGUUGGUUAGGUCCCAAGAAUUAGUUCUGGAAAAAACAACAACAAAAAAAAACAAAUGUCUGCUUGCCCUUGAGUUCUUCAGAUUUCAGUCUUUAAUAAAGAAGACUGAGGGCAGGGGAGAUGGUUCAGGGGUAAGAAAGCUUGCAGUACAAACACAAGGCCCUGAGUUCUAAUCCUUAGGACUCAGGUAAAAAGGCCAGGGAUGGCUGCCCUGGCCUGUAGCACCAGCAUCAGGUGGGAGAGACAGGUAGAUCACAAGGACUUGCUGAAAUGGUGAGCUUCCAGGCUAGGGAAUCCCCCAGUGAGGGGCUGGGGGUGUGGCUCAGUGGCAGAGCUCCUGCCC